AUGCCGAACGUUCGCGACGUCGACGCCGCUCAGUUCAUUCACGCUUACGCUCAGCACCUGAAGCGGUCGGGUAAGCUUGAGAUGCCGACGUGGGUCGACAUUGUCAAGACGGGUGCCUACAAGGAGCAGGCCCCGUAUGACCCUGACUGGUACUACGUGCGCGCUGCUGCCCUCGCGCGCCACAUUUACCUGCGCAAGUCGGUCGGUGUCGGUGCCCUCCGCAAGCUGCACGGUGGCCCGAAGAACCGCGGUUUCCGCCCGUCGCACCACAGCCCUGCCUCGGGUUCCGUCCAGCGCAAGGUUCUUCAGAGCCUGGAGCACAUUGGCGUGCUUGAGAUCAGCGAGAAGGGCGGUCGCCGCAUCUCGCAGGAUGGUAUGCGUGACCUGGACCGCAUUGCCGUCGCUGUCCUCGAGGCUCAGCAGGAGGAGGAAGAGGAAGAGGACGAGGAUGAGGACGAGGACGAGGAGGACGACGAGUAA